ACUCCGAGCGCGCAAGGCCCGCGCUUCUGUGGUGAAGCUGAAGCGGUCCGCCGCGGCCUUCUGCAGUCAUGUUCCCGGCUGUCCCCUCUCCGCGGACCCCGGGCCCCGGGCCCAGGAGAGCCCCCCUGGCCGGAGUUGGGCCAGCGUCCACACCCCGCGCGGCCGGCAGGCGAGGUCUGCCUGUGGGGGCUGCCGGCGGCUCCCCGGCGCUCUUCUCGCCGGUAGGCCGGCGGAGCUCCCUGAGCUCCAGAGGAACACCUACACGGACAGUCCCACACCAGUCCAUAAUGGAGUUUGUGAACUAUGAUGUAAAAACAUUUGGAUCAUCUCUCCCUGUGAAAGUCAUGGAAGCCCUAACAAUGGCUGAGGUUGACGAUCCACUGUCUGUCUUUGUGGAUGAAAGUGGAUGGGCUUAUCUGGUUUGCAAAGAGAAACUCCUCAUUUGGAAGAUUACUCCGUCACCUGUGACUAAGUUGUCGGUUUGCAAGGAGCUUCAGCUGCCACUUAGUGAUCUCCACUUGAGCACUGACCUGGUGGCCCUGUCUUACUCUGCAGCCUCAGGUGAAACACAUUCGGUUCAGGCUGUGGCUGUUAUGGUUGCCACCAGAGAGGGAUCCAUCCGCUAUUGGCCAAGCCUUGCUGGAGAGGACACCUACACGGAGACCUGUGUGGAUUUGGGGGGCGAUAAGACUUGCAUGUUUCUGACUGCAGUGCAGGGAGGAAGUUUUAUUUUGUCCUCAGUUGGAUGCCAGCUGAUCCGGUUGAUACCUGAAAGCUCUGGGAAGAUUCACCAGCACACCUUGCCCCAGGGGCAUGGCAUGCUCUCAGGAAUCGGUCGCCGUGUUUCUUCCCUUUUUGGAAUUUUGUCUCCAAGUAGUGACCUCAUGUUGGCUGGUGUUCUUUGGGACAAAGGAAACUCGAGCUUCUAUAGUCUGACAAACUCAAACAUCAGUAAAUGGGAAUUGGAUGACUCCUCAGAGAAACUAGCACACACUUGGGAUGUACAUCGAGCUCUAAAGGAAAACAUCACUGAUGCUAUUUGGGGAUCUGAAAGCAACUAUGAAGCUAUUAAAGAAGGAGUCAACAUUCGCUAUUUGGACUUGAAACAAAACUGUGAUGGGCUCCUGGUCUUGGCAGCAGCUUGGCACCCUGCUGACAGUCCCUGCCUCAUCUACUACUCCUUGAUAACUGUAGAAGAUAAUGGCUCCCAAAAGUCUGAUGCAGUCACUGUUGAAGUCACCCAGUAUAGCCCACCUUUUCAGUCUGAAGAUCUCAUUACAUGUCGAUUGAUGGUCCCAAAUUUUUCAAGCCAGGCAGCCUACCUAUACACUGAGAAUACAGUUUAUAUAUGCUCUACGGGGACUGGGAAGUCCUCUCUCCCCCCAGAGAAAAUUGUCUUCACUGCACAAGGAGAUGGCAUUUUGGGUGCUGGCUCCUAUGGUGGUGUUCCUGUCCUUUUCUCUAGAAAUAAUGGUCUAGUGUCUAUCACCUCAAGGGAAAGCAUGUCCCUGUUGGCAGAGGACUUAGAAGAGUCCUUGGCGUCUUCCAUUGCUGGACCCAGCAAUGAGAGUAUAGUUUUUGAGACCUCCAUGAAGAAGGAAACUAUAGCACAGGAAGAUAAGACGAAGCUACUGAAAGCUGCUUUUCUGCAGUACUGCAGGAAGGAUGUAGGUCGUGCUCAAAUGAUGGUUGAUGAGCUGUUUUCCUCUCGUUCUGACUUGGGUUCUGAUUCUGAACUAGACAAGGCUGUGACCCAGAUCAGUGUGGACUUGGUGGAUGACUACCCAGCUUCUGACCCUCGGUGGGCAGAGUCUGUCCCUGAAGAGGCCCCCGGGCUCAGCAACACCUCGCUGAUCAUUCUCCACCAGCUAGAGGACAAAGUGAAAGCCCACUGCCUCCUCAUAGACUUUCUUCACCACGUUGGCUUGUUCGAGCGUCUGGGUACUUCUCCAGUCAGAGGGACACUGAUGGCAACCCGGCUCCUGCUCUGCGAACAUGCAGAAAAGCUGUCAGCUGCCAUCGCUCUCAAGAACCACCACUCGCGUCUGCCAGACCUUGUGAACACAGCGAUCCUGAUGGCCUUGAACAAGAGGGAUUGUGAGGUCCCAUCCAGCCUGACCCCCGCUGAUGUGUUCUUUCGCGAGGUGUCUCAGGUGGACACUGUCUGUGAGUGUCUGCUGGAACACGAAGAGCAGGUCCUGAGGGAUGCACCACUGGACUCGGUUGAGUGGGCGGAGGUGGCCAUCUCUGUCAAUACCAUCCUCAAGGAUAUGCUGCAGGCUGCUACUCAUUAUCGCCAGAAUAGAAGUUCCAUGUAUAGGCGAGAGGAACCAGUAGGGAAAGAACCUGAGUAUGUUCCAUGGACAGCCACAAGUGGUCCUGCCGGCAUCCGAACAGCAAUUGUGCGCCAGCAUGGAGUCAUCCUGAAAACAGUGUACCCACAGGCGGAUAGCAAUCUCCGAAACAUCGUGACAGAGCAGCUGGUGGCAUUGAUUGAUUGCUUCCUGGACGGUUAUGUUUUGCAGCUGAGGUCUCUAGACAAACCCAGCAACCAGGAAAGAUACACCAAUCUAGAAGUAGAGUACCUGCAGAAAAGAUCAGAUCUCCUUUCCCUUCUGCUCACCUCAGGCCAGCAUGCAUGGGCUGCCUCUCUAGCAGAGAAGUACUGUGAUUUUGAUAUUCUCGUACAGAUGUGCGAGCAGACGGACAACCAGGCCAGACUCCAGCGUUACAUGACUCAGUUUGCUGACCAGAAUUUUUCAGACUUUCUCUUCCGUUGGUAUCUGGAGAAAGGAAAGCGGGGUAAAUUAUUGUCUCAGCCCAUUUCUCAGCACGGACAGUUGGCCAAUUUUUUGCAAGCCCAUGAACAUCUCAGUUGGUUACAUGAAAUUAAUAGCCAAGAAUUAGAAAAGGCUCAUGCCACACUUCUGGGCUUAGCAAAUAUGGAAACUCGUUACUUUGCAAAGAAAAAGACCCUUCUUGGCUUGAGUAAAUUGGCUGCACUAGCUUCAGACCUAUCAGAAGAUACAUUGCAAGAGAAAAUUGAAGCAAUGGCUGAGCAGGAGCGCUUCCUGCUGCACCAGGAAACCCUGCCUGAGCAGUUGCUCUCAGAGAAGCAGUUGAGUCUCAGCGCCAUGCCUGUGUUGACCGCACCGCAGCUCAUUAGCCUGUACAUAUGUGAAGAAAACAGAAGAGCUAAUGAAUACGAUUUCAAGAAAGCUUUGGACUUGCUGGAAUAUAUUGAUGAGGAGGAAGAUGUAAAUAUAAAUGAUCUGAAACUGGAAAUCCUUUGCCGAGCGCUACAGAGAGAUAACUGGUCCAGUUCAGAUGGUAAAGAUGAUCCAAUCGAAGUGUCUAAAGACAGUGUAUUUGUGAAAAUCUUACAGAAACUUUUAAAAGACGGCAUUCAACUCAAUGAGUACUUACCAGAGGUGAAGGACCUGCUGCAAGCAGACCAGCUUGGAAGCCUCAAAUCCAACCCAUAUUUUGAGUUCAUUUUGAAAGCCAAUUAUGAAUAUUAUGUCCAAGGAUAAAUGUAACAUUUUCUAAAAAUGAUCGUUUGUAAGAUUUGAAUAAAACGUGCUUAUAAAA